AUGAUAGAACAAAAUAUAAAAUUAAUAAGAGAUAAAUGGAGUAGAAGUAAAGAUUUCAAUGUAGAGAACUUAAUAAGAGUAAUACAAGACAAAGAUGAAAGUGGAUCAGAUACAACAAUCUAUCUAGUUGGAACAUCACAUCUUUUUAAUGAAUCGAGUGAACUGGUUGAACAUGUAAUAGAUGUUGUCAAACCCUCUCAUAUUCUCAUCGAAUUAUCGCAUGAAAGAAAACCAUUAUUACAAUUACCAGAAUCAACCAUUCGAUCGGGAUUCACUCCCAACAAGGAUCCAAUAUCGAGGAUCCCAUGGUUCACUGGUAACCUAGAGGAUAUUACGAUCAUGCUUCAAAUGACCUAUACAUAUUAUUGUUUCAGACUUCUCGAUCGUCCAGUUAUUCCUGGAUGGGAAAUGAGAGCGGCAUGGAGCAAAGCAAAGGCAAACAACAUACCAGUUCUUCUUGGUGAUAGAGAUUCUGGUGCUACGGUCGACCGUAUGCUUCAUUCUCUCAGUUUUUCCACUCUCUUGUCCCUCUCGUUAAAGUCUGUUGUUGGUAUGUGGCGUUUAUCACAAAUGUCACCACAAGAAAUACGCGAGAAUCUAAACAGUCAAAUAGAGCAAUCAUUACAUUAUGGAUCAGAAAAUGAAAAGGUUAUGUAUGGUCAAGAGUUACUAGAGUCAUUGCCUCAAGUAAGCAAGAUUCUCAUAGAGGAAAGAGAUAGAUAUUUGGCGAGUAACCUCAGAGAGUUGAGGGACCUCAGAGACACCUCUCUCAAAUUUACUCAAUCAGAUGGAACAAAGAAGAAACAAGUCAUCGUUUCCGUCACUGGACUUGCACAUCUCAAUGGCAUUGAAAGGUUUUACAAAGAGGACAAUCAAUAUGAUGGUAUUCUAUUAAGAAAGGCUUUGGAGGAAGUUGAUCCACCAGGUCCAGUGGAAAAAUAUGGGUACCAUGCUAUUUUGGGCACUUCAUUACUCUUACCACCAACCAUUGCAACAGCUUCAACUUGUUUAUAUAAUAGAUAUCGCUCUCCACAAAAGUCUUUUGGCGGAAAAACGGCAUUGACUUUGGGGAUUUGUUUAUUUGGUUUGGAAUUGUUUGCCGCAAAUAGAAUAAUGGAUAAUAUUAGGAAUAAAAUAGAAUCUGCUUUGAGAGGUCAAGAUAUCAAAUCUGAUCUAAAACAUUCUGAAAACACUAUUAUUAGAUUUCAUAAAAUAUUUCUAAGUACUAAUAUCGCUUUCUAUGUCUCUAUAUUAGGGUAUGGAGGAAAAAAAGUGAAUCAAAUGCACGAUCCAAAGCAAGCAUUAGUUGACUUUUGCUAUGAAGUGGUGGCACCAUGUGCGAUGGAAGAGUAUAGCAACAGCAUUGACAUAGCGUCUGUGAUGUGUUCUCUGCUUGGUGAAGUUGAGAGCGUGGACAUUCCACUGCACUCUGUUGUCGGUCCAGUCGAGAAUCAACUUGCUAAACAGUGGAGCUCGUGGUUGAACGUGUAUACAUUCAAACAAAUGGUGUAUGAUUGGAGAUGUGUGUGUAUCCCCAUCGAAUACAGUGUGGCAUGCGUAGCAUAUUGUAUUGGUGUCAGCUGGGGUACGUUUCAUUAUUCUGGCAAAGAAACGAAAGAGGGUGUCUCUUGCUGUCGUGCAUUUGACGCUUGCCACGACGGCAAAUAUUUGCUAGAUGUUGGUACCAAAGAGAGCCUCGAUCUCUCUUUGACCGACGGUCUUUUGGUUGACCUUUGGUAG